UUGUAUCAAAUAUUACGAGUUGUUUUAAUCAUUUACUUUAUUUUCCUUUCCAAUUUUAGUCUAUGUGGCUACCCGCCAUUUUAUGAUGAAAACGAUCACGAAUUAUUUAGUCAGAUUCAACGCGCUCAUUAUGAAUUUGAUUCGCCUUACUGGGAUGAUAUUUCCGAAUCAGCCAAGGACUUCAUAAGGUGUCUCUUGCAGAAGGAUCCGGCAAAAAGAGCAAGCUGUACUCAAGCUCUAGCUCAUCCGUGGAUAGCUCAGAAUGCUGCCUCAGAAGUUGACAUUUACGCUCGAGUCAGUGAAAAUAUUCGCAAGAACUUUCUUGUUCGUCAGCGUUGGAGGAUCCGAGAUCACCGUGGCUGGGCAACUUGA